GCACGAGCUCUAUCAGCGCUGAGCAGACUGCACGAGCUGCGACAAGCCCCGCCCACCGGACACCUGUCACCUGCCUGAUAGACUCUGACUGUGUGUCAGCUGAUCUCAGGUCUGUUUGACUACGACAUGUUGUCAUGUGACGUCGUGUGAGGAUCAGAUCUGUCAAUUCGUCCUUCAGUCUGACAGCUGCUGCCGCUUCUCUGACACAGCAUCAACACACUUUAAUCACUGUUUCACCCCUGACCUCUGACCCCUGACCUCUGACCUCUGAGGUCAUGUUGGAGAAUCACUCUUCCAUCAAACCGAGGACGUUCUCAUCAUGUCUCUCACUGUGAAACCACCUCCACCCUCUUCUUCUGUGGUGGACCUUUCCCCUCGCAGGAUGCUCCUCCUCCUCCUCCUCGUCCUCCCGCCGCCCAACCUCAUGAUGACAUCAUCACCGUUUACCGUCGCUCUCUGGCGCCGCGGCAACAGAUUCUCCGCCAACAACAUAUGUCAAUAUUUGGAGAAGCCGGAUGGAGGACUGACGGUCCGCUGCAGUGGACUGAGACUGACACAGGUACCUGUCGGCCUCUCUAAUCUCACCAUUCGUCUGUUUCUGGAUAAAAACCUGCUCAGCUUUCUGCCGACUGAUUCGUUCUCUGACCUGUUGCUGCUCAAUGAGCUCGACCUGUCACACAACCAGCUCUCCUCUCUUGAAGCCGGUUGUUUCCGGGGUUUGGAGUCCUCUCUUCGUUUCCUGGACCUCUCAUCCAAUUGGCUGUCUGCACUGGACCCAGCGGCGCUCGGCGGGCUGCGAGCUGCCGCCAACCUGACGCACAACCCCUGGCACUGUGACUGUAGGAUGCAGCUGUCGAUGCCUCAGUUGGAUCUGGAUCCAUCAUCUCUGAACGAGGUCGUCUGUCAAACCUCUGACCUCCCAAACCUCGGAGCUGUUGGGAUGCCGCUGGUCUUACUGGUGGAGGACUGGGAUCUGUGUCUGUCUGUGAGGAGAACCACCGAUGUGGUGAUGCUGGUCACCAUGUUCCUCUGGUUCUCCAUGGUCAUCUUCUACCUGGUCUGCUACAUCCGACAGAACCAGGAGGACGCCCGCCGCCACGUGGAGUACCUGAAGUCCCUGCAGAGCCACCAGGUGUAGAGGACAGAGUGCCACCUGGAGGAGACCAGGAGGAGGUCAUGGUCUCUAUAUUUGGUGAAAUGGCCCACCUGGUCUCCUGGAGAGGUUGGAAAUCAUCAGAGUCAUUCAUAUCUCCUCAAGGACCCCUGGAAACCUCUCAAGGACCCUUAAAACUCCUUAAGAACUCCUAGAACCUCCUUAAGGACCUCCAGACCUACCUCAGAGAAAUCCAUCUUAAGGAUGAGUUGAUCAUCGUCAAGGUCCAUAAAACCGAUCAAAGGACACCUGGAACCUUCUCAAGGCCCCUUGGAAGACUGUGGAUCCUCUUUAAGGCUCAUAGAACCUCAUUGGAGUUCCUCAGACGUUAAAGCACCUUUAAAACCCCCUCAAGGCCUGGAGAGAUUAGAGCUUUCUAAAGACACCUGGAAUUCCUGAGGGACCCCUUAGACCUUUCCCAGGACUCCUCCACAGUUAGUUUCACUCCUUCACCAUAUGACGCCAUGUUUGUUUCAGUAAAGCUGUUACUGUGGUAACCCGCUCAGCGGUGUUUCUGUCCUGUUACAUCACGUAACUUUAUGUGAUGAAAUAAACCUGUCGUUAAACCGA